GCCCGCCCCCUCCCCUCUGCCGCCGUGGUUGUCUUCGCGUCAGCAAACACUACACAGCGUUUUCUUAUUUUCUCUCUGUGUCAGCGUUUCUUGAGUAUCAUAUCGACAAAAACACAUUGCAAGCAGAGUCACUGAAUUCCAGUGUACAACUCAAAAUGGCACACACUAGCAAGCCAAUUCUGAGUCCGGCUGAGAAGCUGGGUCUCUUCUUCAACCUCCUUGUUGACCUCCCCAUCCGAGCCACCUUCCACAUCAGUCGCAUGCUCGUCAUCUCACUCAUUAGAAAGACGCCCAUCAUCCGCGGCAUUGCUGCAGCCCUAAUCAAGUGCAUGUUUUUGUCCUUUACUCCUCGCCAAGCUCAAGCUAUACUGCCUACCUCACGGGCUACGUACAAGACCUGGGUGGAAGCCAAGGCCAAGACAGUUACUGACCCAGAGCUGCGCAGCCGACUCAAAGUGGAUGUCCAGCCCCUUGCGUCUGGACUCGACUCUGCGAUCCUUUGGGUCGGUGACCGCUCCAAGGCUAAGCGAGUGGUAGUCUUCUUCCACGGCGGCGGUUACGUUUUCACUCUCAGCCCUGGCCAUGUCGCGUGGUGCUGGAACUCCUACGUGGCGGACAACAUCAACACGGAUCAUGAGACCGCCGUGGCCAUCCUACAGUACACUGUUGCCCCUGACGGUCCAUUCCCAACACAGAUGGUUCAGGCAGUUGCUGCCGUCCGACAAGUCAUUGAUCUGGGCUUCUCUCCCUCCAACAUUCUCAUUGGUGGCGACUCUGCGGGUGGCAACCUGACAAUGCAAGUUUUGGCCCACCUCUUGCACCCCCAUCCCAGCAGUGAUCCUCUUCUCCUCAAGGAACCACUCGCUGGUGCCUUUAUCGUGUCUCCCUGGGUUGGUCGAGACACAACAGCCAAGUCCUUUGCCGAUAACAGCGCCGGCGAUAUGAUUAGUAUCGCCGUUGGUCGCACCCUUUGCAACACAUAUGUCACUCGAAGUGAACUUAGCAAGUGCGAAGUCAAGGAGAACGGCUGGAUCAUGGCUCUUGAUUCCCCUGCUGGAUGGUUUGGCGGCUUGGAAAAGGUCGUCAGCUCAAUCUACGUCACCGUUGGCGUUGACGAGGCCCUGGCCGACCAGGGCAGACAGCUAUCCCAGAUCAUUUCUACACAGAAUCCUACUUUGCCCCUACGCCUUGAAGAAUUCGCCAAAGAUAUCCACGAUGGCAUCUUCAUGGAGAAUACAGUCGGUAUUGAGGGCCAGGCCACGCGAGCCAUGAAGGCCUGGUACCAGAAGGUCAUUAACAAGGACUAAGUGGUGGCACCCAAAUUGUAAAAGAAUAUGGUUUUGUUUGAUAAUAGCAGCUGAAUUUCGUCCUAUGUACAAAUAUUAUGGAAUCCAGACAAAGCGUCAUACAUCCUAAUAGUCCCUUCCGCGUCAUCUGCUUCCUACGGUUAGGUACCUCUGCAGAUAACACGUCGACUCCCACCAUGUGACUUGCCUGAUACUGAGAGUGAAUAUUCAGCUCAUCGCUAACGGAACGAAGGAGGUAAAUUCCAUUGUUCUCGACCUGCUUGGUAUCUGGUUUGUUCCGCGCGGUGCACGGAAAGCGCUUCUUAAUUCCACUUUUGGAAUUACCCGCGACGCUACGCUAUUUUGACCGCAAGAACGCAACAACACUUCACUACCUCGCCUGAAUUAUACAUACGUAUGACGAAACAAAGCGUCACAAGCGAAGCGUGUCGAAUCUUCCAUACCAGGCGGAGUUAAUGCACCAACCGACGCUAACGCAUGCAGUUUGGGGCUUGGCACACUAGCGCUUCACAAACGCUUUGGCUCGGUGUUUAUCUUGUUGUGAUAUUCCCUGUAUAAUCAUACAGCCUUAUGUCUAUUGCGUUGCGGGGCGAACGUUGCCAUAGCUUUAACACUUUGCAAGUCUAUAGGUGCGCUGCUGUGAUGGUAUCGGUGACCCAAAAGGAACAUUGGUUGGUAGCUAC